AGCCGUCCGCCCCGCCCACGGAGCCGGGCGCCCCAGAACCUGAGAUUAGGGGCUUGGAGGUUGGCGCCACGCCCUGGCCAGGUGUGCAGGACCCGGCCAGGUGCGGCCCCGCCCCGCUCCGGGUCCCCGGAGCCCUGCGUCAUGUCUGAGAGCCCGCACUACCAGGUGCCCGCACUCCCCUGGGACCGGCGGCCGGGGCGACAGGUGCGGACACGAGAGCCGCGCCGGGGACACGUGACGCCGGCGAGGGGGGCUGGCAGAGCCGCGACGCGCCCUCCGGACCGCAGGAGGCGCUGUAGUCUCGGCGGACCAGGCCUCGCCGCGACCCCAGCGGUCCUGCGUCCGACCCGCUCGCGGCGUGCGGGGCAGCCAUGGCCGCCGCUGUCGCGCUGCGCUGCCUGUCCCGAGUGAAACCCACGCCGCGCUGUCCGCUGCCAUGGGCACCGCGGCGUGGGCACCGGCUCUCGCCGGCGGAUGACGAGUUGUAUCAGCGGACGCGCAUCUCUCUGCUGCAGCGCGAGUCCCCGCACGUCAUGUACAUCGACAGCUACAGCAGCCGCGGCUUCACGGUCAACGGCAACCGCGUGCUCGGACCGUGCGCGCUGCUCCCGCACUCGGUGGUGCAGUGGAACGUGGGAUCCCACCAGGACAUCACUGAAGAGAGCUUCUCCCUCUUCUGGAUGCUGGAGCCCCGGAUAGAGAUUGUGGUGGUGGGGACCGGAAACCGGACCGAGCGGCUGCAGCCCGAGGUACUGCGAGCCAUGAGGCGGCGGGGCAUCGCCGUGGAGGUGCAGGACACGCCCAAUGCCUGCGCUACUUUCAACUUCCUGUGUCACGAAGGCCGGGUGACGGGAGCCGCUCUCAUCCCCCCGCCUGGAGAGACUUCUGUGCUGCCUCUGGGCCAAGCUGCAGAGUGAACCGCCGGGAACCGAAGCACCUCCCCUCCCCGAGGGCCCUGGUCCUCCCCCUUCGGCACUAAAGCCCUUGAUUUGCUUGCUA